GCCGCCACUUCCUGCCGCAGCGGCCGCUCGGGGGGAGCUGGAGGGGCCGCCGGACGACAGACCCACGGGCGGACACGAGGGCCGACGGACAGAAGGACGGACGGACGGACGGACACAGGGGCUCGCGGAGCGCCGCGGGGCCGCGCGCAUGCGCGCCUCCAUCCCCCGGCCGGCCGGGAUCAUGGGGUCCAGGUGGUGGGCCGCGCUGGUCCUGGCGGCCCCGGCCCUGGGAGGGGGUGCGGAGCCCCCCGCCGCCUCGCCGCCGUCCUGGGAGCAGCUGUGGUUCUUCCGCUUCCUGCUGAACGCCGCCGGCUAUGCCAGCCUCAUGGUGCCCGGCUAUCUGCUCAUCCACUAUUUCAAGCGCAGGAACUACCUGGAGACUGGCCGGGGCCUCUGCUUCCCCUUGGUGCGGACCUGCGUGUUUGGCAACGAGCCCAAGGCCCCGGACGAAGCCCCCCCGCCGCCCCGCGUGGAGGCUGAGACCUCCUCUCUGCGCCAGGCCUUCAAGCUGAUUUUCUGCGCCGUCGGGCUCCAGGUGUCGUACCUGACGUGGGGGGUCCUGCAGGAGCGGGUGAUGACCCGCAGCUACGGGGCCACGGCCACGGCGGCCGGCGAGCGCUUCACCGACUCGCAGUUCCUGGUGUUCAUGAACCGCAUCCUGGCGCUGACGGUGGCGGGGCUGUGCUGCGGCCUGACCAAGCAGCCGCGCCACGGGGCGCCCAUGUACCGCUACUCGCUGGCCAGCCUCUCCAACGUCCUCAGCUCCUGGUGCCAGUACGAGGCCCUCAAGUUCGUCAGCUUCCCCACCCAGGUGCUGGCCAAGGCCUCCAAGGUCAUCCCCGUGAUGCUCAUGGGCAAGCUGGUGUCCCGGCGCAGCUACGAGCACUGGGAGUACCUCACCGCCCUGCUCAUCUCCGCCGGGGUCAGCAUGUUCCUGCUGUCCAGCGGGCCCGAGCCCCGCCGCUCGCCGGCCACCACGCUGGCCGGCCUGGUGCUCCUGGCGGGCUACGUGGCCUGCGACAGCUUCACGUCCAACUGGCAGGACGCCCUCUUCGCCUACAAGAUGUCGGCGGUGCAGAUGAUGUUCGGCGUCAACCUCUUCUCCUGCCUGCUGACCGUGGGGUCCCUGGCGCAGCAGGGCGCCCUCCUGGAGGCGGCCCGCUUCAUGGGGCGCCACGGGGACUUCGCCGCCCACGCCCUGCUGCUGUCCGCCUGCUCGGCCUGCGGCCAGCUCUUCAUCUUCUACACCAUCGCCCAGUUCGGGGCGGCCGUCUUCACCAUCAUCAUGACGCUGCGCCAGGCCCUGGCCAUCCUGCUGUCCUGCCUGCUGUACGGCCACGCCAUCACCGUGCUGGGGGGCCUCGGGGUGGCCGUGGUCUUCGCCGCCCUGCUCCUCCGCAUCUACGCCCGCCGCCGGCUCAAGCAGCGGACCAAGGCGGCGGUGUUGAGCGAGACCCCCGUGCAGAAGGUGAGGGGGGCAACGCGGUCUGCCGCCGCCGCCCCCCCCUUCUCGGCGGUGAGGGGGAUGGACAUCUGACUGUAGGUCAACGGCGUGGCCGGUGGGGGGUAAGAACCCCCAUCCCAGAUGGCCCCCCUCCCCACCUUGCCUUAAUCGUUGGUCCUCCGUUUCAAGCGGGUGGUGGGCUCCCGGUCCAGUCCCAUGUAGCCCGCUGGGAGGGGGGCAGCCGGCUGCCCGGGGGUCGGAUCCAUCUCCCCUCGGCCUCCUCCAUCCACCCCCACACCCUCUGGCCAGUGAAGCGUAGCUAUGCUGGGCAAGGCCAGAGCCGGACACACUCCGCCAUCCGUCUCUGGCAGGAGAUGGAAAACGGGGGGGGGGGGGGGGGGGGGCGAGACCCCACUCCUCACCCGCGCCAGCACCGGAUUUUGGUACUUUUUGAAAGUGUAACUUUUUGCUCUAACUUUAUUUUAUUAAAUUAAAAGAUGCUUCCACAAG